UUUCUCGCCGUCCUCACAUCUACCAUCCUCGCAGGCCUCCGCCGCUCCACAGGCCUGACCUUCCAGACCCAGCAGCUCAUCGCCAACCCCACUGGCGCCAAGGUCUUCUCGUUCUACCUCGGGUCGGGCGAGUGGCUGUUUGACAGGCUGGUGGGCUGGGCCAAGGGGAGCAAGUACUUCAAG